GCAUGCCUAGGGAUACUUUCAAAGGAUUCCCAUUGUUCAAUCAAAGAGAAGUCCAUAUUUGAUUUCGACCUACAAGUUGUCUUCGACAUAUGAGCAAUCAGUACCUUUGAAGAGAAACAACACUAUACCGCGACUCGGACUACAUUCUUUGGAUCUCGCCCAUCGGGCGCAAUAAAUUUUGUCGAAAUGUCUUCCAUGCUCAGAAAAGGUGGAAAGUCGUUCAAACCCAGUGCUCGUCCUCGACCGAAUCCUACCAGACCAUCUUCAUCACAACCUGCAGCAGCAAGACCAAGUUCCGAAACUCAAUUACAAGCACCAGUAUCUGCGACUCAACCAUCUAUCCCCACACCUACAUUAACUGAAGAUGUUGCAGGGAGAGAACCAUCUCAAACCACAAUUUCAGAACCAGUCCAAGUAACCCCUCAAUCACAACAUGCUCCGCCAGCUCAACCUCAGAUACCAAUCGCCACCUCGAAUGAUGACACUUCCGCGAGCAUAAAUAAUACGGCCAAGAGAAAAUCUAGAGAAGAUGAUGUGGACGUCACGCUUCAAGUUGAGCGACCGCCUACAAAAGCCCGAAAAUUGACCCCUCCCUCAGAUGAGGUGCAACAUUCUGGAAACAACGCGCCCUCACAACAUAUUCCAACUGUACCUACGACUAUACCCAAAGCAGUGUCGGCACCUUCAAAUAAUCAAACUUUAGCGGAGCCAAGCCGCAAUGAACAGCAAGCCGUAGACGACGAAGAUUUGCCUCCAAUUAGCCACAUAACUACGAAUAAUACUACAACCGCAAAGGCUGUUCCAGUAAACCCACCUCAAACUCUGAAUAGUUUUGCUCCUACAAUCUCCAAAGAAAUUCCGCGAAUAACUACCACAAUCGACAGAACAAGAGCACCUGCGUCUGCACCUACGCAAGUAAUUGGUGAAAGCUUACAAACCCCGCCUGCAUCGCUUGAGGAUGCCGAUUUAUCUGGAAUGGGAGCGGGUGAGGCGAGUCAGACGUCUCAUCUAGUCUCUACAGUAACUCCAACUUCCGAAGAAGCACCUACUCCAGUCGACGGAGAAGCAGCGUCAGCCCUCAAAAAGCCGAGGAAGAAGGCAGCACCAAGGAAAAAGAAGGUUCAGGUCGAAGACGGCGACGAAGAUAGAACUGAAGUUGAAAUUCAAUUGAACAGGCCCCGUAAGACUGGAGGAUCGACUCGAGAACGCAGGAACAAGGACGGCGAGGCACCUAAGAAGAGAAGAGAUCGAGAAGGCACUCCAGAAGAUGCGGAAAACGAAGUCAUCGAACCUACGGUUAUGAAAAUGGCAGAUCUCUGUAAAGAUAUUCGCAUUGGCAAGAAAUUCAGUAGACAUGACGAAAUCAAGCUUAGGCAUGCCCGAAAAAAAAUUGAUGCGCAAUUGGCGGAACGUCCCGAACUUGCAGGUCUAAUCAACAACGCGCCACCUGAGAAUAACGCCGAGCCUGUUGAAGCGCCAGCUGCUGUCGUUAACAACAACGGAUUACAAAUGCGAGUUAUAGACGGACAAAUUGUACUGGAUGACCAAUCUAUGCAAGUCGAUCGACAUAGGCAAGCACGAAAUCCAGGUCAAGUGCUGGAAGAAAUAGAAGAAAACGAAUUUACACGGGUGGUGAAUUCCGGGCAAUAUAUGAAGCGUUCCGCAGCUGUACGAUGGGAUUCGACUUCGAACGAAUUGUUCUACCAGGGCCUUCGGCAAUUUGGUACAGCAUUUGAAAUGAUCGCAGCGAUGUUUCCAGACCGCAAUAGAAGACAAAUCAAACUAAAAUUUGUCCGAGAAGAACGCCAAAAUCCAGCUAAAGUCGAUCGAGCUCUCAAAGGAAAGACAGACGAGAUUGAUUUCGAAGAGUAUACUCAGCUUACAGGCCAAAAAUUCGAGGAUUCAGCAGAGAUCAAAGCAGAACAACAACGACUCGAAGAUGAGCACAAUGCAGAGGAAGAGAAAGUUGAAGCUGCCAAAGCGGCGGCUGACAGGAGAAAGAAAGAAGCUAUUUCCAAAGCUGGAAGAAGAGGCAACGGCGGUGCUAGCGAUGGUGAAGAUGGGCCAGAGUCACAAAAGGAGAACACUGGUGCUGCUUUGCUCGGAAUGGGAAGGAAAAAACCAGCCAAGUCUAAGAAGUCCAAUAAAGCUUCUAUGCAAGGUGGUGGAGAAGAGAUAGAAAUUCUUGGUGAAGUAUAAUGGGCUGGAUUAAGAUCAAUGGGGCGUUUGAAGGAUUACAUCAAGGAUUAGAUGGUCGGUCUGCUUGUUAUAUUCACGAUAAAUGAAUGGUUGGAAGGAGUUUGUUUGGUUCUUAUACCCGAUUUGCAUGCAUUCUCAUGCAAACUAUAGAAGGAAAGGUCCUUCGGUCUUAGGCCUAUGGGAUGGAUCUGAUCACUAUAACUUUUCCAAGAAUAAAUCAAUGAAGCA